CUUAUAGGAACCGUAGGGAUGAUAAGAUGGUAGGUAAAAUAAAAUAAAUAACUAUUAAGUAAUUUUGUCGAAUGCAGCAAUGUCAAUUGUGAAUAAUAUAUAUUGUGAAUUGUAGAUACCACAUUAUUACUUCCGUUAUGUAUAGGCAAAAGGCAAAGUUGUCCAAUUCAUUAGGCACGCACAAAUAAUACUCAAUAUAUAAUUAUGUCGACCGUAAAAAAGAGAAAAAGUUUAACGAUAGAGCAGAAAUGUAACAUAAUUUCAAGUUUGGAAUCGGGAUGUAGUAACACGUUUAUUUCACAACAAUACAACCUGUCGCACUCAACGGUGUCGAACAUUUUCAAACAGCGUGCUGAAAUAAAAAGGACAUUCGAACAGGCGUCAUUUGCGACGAAAAAAAUUCGGUAUUCCAUGAACCGAGACAUCGAAAACGCCUUGCUGGAAUGGUUGAAACGUCAUCGAGGAACGAACGUGUCGGUUAAUAUACCGUCGCUGCAGGCCAAAGCUGACGAGUUUGGAAACUUAUUGGGUAAACCCAAUUUCAAGUGUUCAAGUUCGUGGGUGCAACGUUUCAAGCGCCGUCACCAUAGUGAGUUUGUGAACGUAAACAACAACGACGACCGCGGGAAAACCCAGGUAGUGGUACGACCUCGAGGAACUCCACCGGAAGUCUCCCAAACUUUACCAUUGGACGGUACACCACGAGGAGCCAUCGACCGUUGGCUCGAGAACGAAUGGCCCUCACUGCGCAAAGGAUACUCGGAUAAAGAAAUCUAUAGCGCCAGCGAGACCGGAGUGUUUUAUAAACUGAUGCCCGACCAAUCAUUCAGAUAUCAAGGGCACAAAUGCACAGAUGAGUGGUGCACUACAGGUUAUCCUGAGUAUGAAAAUCUUUUAAUUUUUGACAAUGGCGUUGAUUCUGGACAAAGGAUUUUGAUUUUCGGCACUGUAGAAGAUGGAGAGCUCUCGAAGGAACGUUUGACUAUUUUAGUUACGGCAAAUAUGACGGGAACCAAAAAGAAAAAACUUCUUGUAAUCGGAAAACCUAAAGAUCCUCAAAGUUGUAAGGGUAUAAAAGAUUUACCCAUUCAAUAUGAACAUAAUCAGAAGUCUUGGAUGACAAGUUUAAUUUUUAAACACUUUCUGCAGCAGUGGGAUAUGGAUUUAUUUCAAACAUUUCAAAAAGCAUUGCUUUUAAUUGAUGAUUGUCCAGUUCACUCAGGGCACAACAAACUUAGAUCAAUUAAGGUGGUCUAUUUUCCCUACAAGUCAUCAAUUCAACCUAUGAACCAAGGCAUUAUCAAGUCCCUUAAGUUUCACUUUAAAAAAAAACUUAUACUUCACCAUGCUAAACAAAUUGAAAAUAUAUCAAUUGCAAAAGUUGAUAUAUUCCAAGCAAUUUGCAUGUUGGAGUCAGCAUGGGAGCAAAUUUCGCCACAAAUGAUUACAAAUUGUUUUGGUAGUGCCAAGUUAAAAGAAGUAGAAGAAAAAUCAAGUAAAGAAGAAAGUUUAGUUUCUUGGGCAGCAAAUCUACUUGUUUAUGACUCCGAAGCACUUCAACAAUUUGAAAAUGUAGACUCUGAACUUAUUACUUCUAGUCAAUUAUUGGGUGCUGAACAUAUUAAUCAUGGUAAUAAUGGAGAAGAAACAGACAAUGAUGAGGAAGUAGAUACCAGAAAUGAAAAAAUUACAUUGAGUCAAGUAUUUGAUGCACUAGACAAAUUAAAACAAUAUCUAGCAACUAAUGAACAUUUUCCAAAAAGUUAUGAUCACACUAAACAACUUCAAAUACUAUUAGAAAAUAAACUGUACAAACAACUAAAUUCACAAACCAAAAUUACUAACUAUUUCAAAAAGUUAAUAUAAUUUUGUUGUUAAAUUAGUAAUUUCUAAUUAUAAAACAGACCUUAGGUCACAAACAAAAAUCAAACGUUGGAUGUUUGAAUCAGAGUUUAUCACCCGAAAUAAUGUAUUUGGUAUUGAAAUCCAGUAUUGGUAAUUGGUACAUUUUUUAAUAUUUCGUGUAUAAACAACACUUACAAUAAUUGAACUCAGGUAUUGCGUGUUUUGAAAUAAUGUGAGAUAUUGUGUUAUAUUAAAAAUGUUGUACUAUUUUGUUAGUUUGCUGUUUUUUCUGUUAUUUUAAAACUGUAUUUAAUAUUUAUUUUCUAUUUUCUGUGCUACAUUUUUAAAUACAAAAUAUCAAUACUUAUGAAUGACGAUUAAUGUCUUUAUUAAUGCUUAUUAGCAAUAUUAAUAUAUUGUUCAUAGUUUUAUUAAAAUAGUAACAAUUAAUAAUAUAAUUUUUAUAUUUCAGCAUGGAAAAGUGUUCACAUUGAAAACUGUAAUUCGUAUUUCUGGAAAUUGGUUUUUAAUUUUUCUGAUUUUUGACAAUAUUUUUAUUUCCAGUAUCCAAUUUAAUUGGUGUCAGCUAUUGCCAUUAUUUCAGGUACAAGAUUAGGUAUAUAGGGUAUAAGAUUAAUUUAGGUGCAAAACCCUGAUAUAAAUGGGACAAGACUUCGUUCGCCCAAAAAUAAACUUUCGCUUUUCGCCCAAAUAUUUUAAAACUACUUUUCCUUUUCGCCCAAGAAUAUUACAGCACUUUUUGAUCACAUUUUUAUCAUACACAAUUUGGGAAACACUUAAUUAAAAUUAUUUAUGCCCAUCUACAAUGGUCUGUGCCUGGUUGAAUGUUAAAAAAAAA